CCCUUCCAGUCCGGACACUUUCACCCCCUUCCCCGUCCGGACACUUUCCCCCCCCUUCCAGUCCGGACACUUUCCACCCUUCCAGUCCGGGACACUUUCCCCCCCUUCCAGUCCGGACACUUUCACCCCCCUUCCAGUCCGGACCACUUUCACCCCCUUCCAGUCCGGACACUUUCCCCCCCUUCCAGUCCGGACACUUUCCCCCCCUUCCAGUCCGGGACACUUUCCCCCCUUCCAGUCCGGACAACUUUCCCCCUUCCAGUCCGGACACUUUCCCCCCUUCCAGUCCGGACACUUUCCCCACCCCCAGUCCGGACACACUUUCCC